AUGAAUGCAGCUGAAUCCUUGGUGGCCAUGGUGACAAGCUGGUUAACACCAACUGUUCUCUUCUGCAUCUUGAACCUCACAGUUGUUACCAUUUUCAUGACUUCAUUCCUCAAUAAACUCGGUCAUCACGAGGACAACUCGCGACCACAGCUCGUCCGAGUUCCAUCUCUUGUCGAACGAGUCAUGUCCAUCAACAACUCUCUCUCCCGCACCGAAAAUCUUGAUUCGUUCGACUCUGCCGCCCUUUACACAGCCCCUCCUCAAGAACCAACCCAUCAUGAGAAGUCUGAAGCUAAAGUCGAGGAUAUGAUUCUCAAUGAAUCUGUGAAGGAUAUUCACGUGACGAGGAGUAGGUCUGACACGUGCCUGAAAGCUCCUACAAAAAGGGUGUUAAAGAAGUCGGCUAGUGAGAAGGUGUUUUUGGCUGAGCCAAUGGGAGAGGCGGAUCGGCGGCGGCCGGUGACAGUGAGAGAAAUGACGUCGUCUAAUGGACCGGAUGAUGAGGCUGUGGAUGCUAAAGCUGAUGAUUUUAUUAACAGGUUUAGGCAGCAUUUGAAAUUACAGAGAUUGGAGUCCAUUUUGAGGUACAAUGAAAUGAUCAACAGAGGUCUCCAGAGUUAG